CGUCAACUGAAUUCAGUCUAGACCACACACGUGGAUUUCAGGGGCAUUGCACGCACGACAACACACGACGGACCAACACCAAGCCACGAUGAGUGAGAGCAGCAGCAACAGCAGCGGUAGCAGUAGCACUGGAAAGGCAGCUGGACUGCUGUCUGGUGGCUGUCCUGUGCUUCACAAGCGCGGUGACAAGCAGCAGCAAGAACAACAGCAGCACCAGCAGCAGCAGCAACAGCCGCGAACAGAGCCGCCAGACACUCCGGACAGGCCCAUCAACCUGGAUCACGCGGCAGUGAAAGUGGAGGUGAAGGAGUCAGACCACCCAUACGAUCAGGUGCCGGAUUCUGUCAUCCCAGCAGCAGGUCGUGGCAACUCGGACGAUGGCAAAGCGUGGCUCAACCCUUCAGCACACCAGCUCUUCCGUGCAUUGAAGCGCAAGGACAAACCCAUUGACUACGAGGAUGCCCUCGUCGUCGCCCAAGUGCACGAAAUGGUCACAGACUUCUCGUGGAAGGCGGUCAUGGAAUACGAGCGGCUGCAUCAGCAGGAGUGCCCGAAUGUGACAUUGGCGCGGUUUGAGGGCAAGGACGGUAUUUACAGCCCAAAGGCACGCAUCCUCAAGACACUCUUUGGGUACAAACCGUUUGACCGCCACGAUUGGACGGUGGACCGGUGCGGAAAAGAGGUCCGCUACAUCCUCGACUAUUACGCAUACGACAACGGCGAGGGUGAUAUUGAGUACACAGUGGACGCAAGGCCUGCUGGCGUUGGCGGGAUGGUUGACCGCUUCCGCGUCGCGUUUACAAAGUGGAGGAACGGCGAGUCGUGGUACUGAGGGCGACAUGAUGGUGCGGUGCCAUCAUGUGACAACUGGACCAUGAGAUGGCAUGAUGUGAUGGUGUGCAUGGCAUUUUGAUGCGAAAGACCCGGGGAAGGCGUACACGAGUUGCUUGUUUCUUGUUUGCUCGUUUGCUCGAUUGAUCGUUUGCUUGUUUGCUCAUUUGCUUGAUUUCUUUGGUUGGGACUCCAGCUGUUCUCGCUCUGGCUUGUUCCACUUCCCACCCCCGCUCCUAAUUUCCAACUUGUACUUCUUCUUCCUUGCUUCGCGUGCUGCUGGACUGUGCACCGCAUUGUAUUGAACUGACGACAACAACACCAACAUGGACAAUAACGCACGCGCCGUGUGGGAAACGGAACAAAC